GAACACCAGUGCUCUAGUUAGUACUGGGACGCCGGUCUCUGCCUGCUGCUGUUGUUGCUGCUGCUGCUGCUGCUGCUGCUGCUACUGCUGUUACUGCUACUGCUGCUAUUUCUCUCAAGUGUUCCGCAGCCAGUGUGCUUAGCCAGGCUAGCCUUCAUGACCUGCACCCCGGGGAAAUCUAAUAUUCUCCCUCUUCCACCUUCACACUCCCUCUUCCACCUUCACAUUUCGUCCAUCCCUUCCAUUCGUCACAUCCAUCUCCUCAACAUUCCAUCCUUUUGUAUUCGUCUUGUCCAACGCUUUGAGACAGCUUCUUCCUAUCCACUGUUUCUCUUAGUGAUUCCUUACUAAUUCUUAAGUGAUUCCUCAUCCGUCUAUACCUGCAACCUUCAACGACCGCAUUCUGCCUCCUCCUCCUCUUCCCUUCCCAGCAACAUGGUUGUUCCCCUUGCCUUCCCCUCAUCCCCUUAUACCUGCUGACAUUCCAGGUGAAGGAGGUAAGCAGCGAGCAGGGACGUGUGAGAGCAGGGCUGGCGAGUAGUGCGUGAGGGUGGGCGGCAGGUGGGCGGCGGGUGGAUCAGUGUGUGUGGGUGGUGCCAGGUCACAGGGUGGGGGGGUGUAAGGGGAAGGGGCACAGCCCACACACCUGGUCCCCUCCUUGGCCACCCCCCUCUCCCCCCCACCUGGUCACGCCCGCACACUGUCCACACACUUCGGCAGGACACGCUAAUCCCGCACCCGGCAACGAUGGAAAAUACAUUUCAAUGUGUGACUUUAUCUUGUUUUAUAGCUGUAGCUUGAAGAGGCAGCGUGACAGUAUGAGUGAGUGUAGUGUAGGGUGCGAGCGGUGGAGGGGCGUCGACCACCACCGCCACGAUGGCCACCAUUGGCCCACCCUCAGUAACGCGCCUUUUGGCAGCUUGCAGAAGCAAGUGUCGAUCAUGAGCCUGAACCUGAGCGCCAAGAUUGACGAGAUCCAGUGUCACCAGCACGCCGAUACCAGCGCCGCUCUCCACGCUAUCAGGUCGCAGCUGCAGGAGCUGACCAAGAGUGUGGAGAGCUGUCAGAGCGAGGUGGUCGAGGUCAAGAGGGACAUGGUGGCCAUCAAGCACGAGAUCGACACGCUGCAGGCGGCCAAGGAGGAGAUCGAGGAGCUACGGGACGCCGUGGACCGCCUCGAGGAACAGACGCGACGGAGGAAGAUCCGCUUGCUCGAGCAGGCUACCUCUUUCUCCCCCACGGGUCUAACGUGUUUCUUGUGCUACGCCAUCUUUGCGGCAGUGCUGGGAAUGUUCCAGUUUGGAUACAACACUGGUGUAAUCAAUGCCCCUCAAUCUGUUAUUGAGAAUUUCAUUGGUGACUGCUGGAAGGAACGCUACAAUAAAAAUAUAGAGGGCAGCAAGCAGGACUUAUUAUGGUCAAUUGCUGUGUCUAUAUUUGCCAUUGGUGGCAUGAUUGGUGGAUUCUGCGGUGGAUCUGUAGGAAAUAAAUUUGGGAGAAAGAAAGGGUUACUGUUGAACAACCUGCUGGGAGUUGGCGGUGCUUGUCUCAUGGCCUUCUCACAGGUGUCCUAUUCAUAUGAAAUGCUCAUCCUAGGUAGAUUGGUCAUUGGCAUUAACUGUGGUCUGAACACUUCUUUAGUGCCUAUGUACAUCAGUGAGAUUGCCCCGCUCAACCUACGAGGGGGCCUAGGAACUGUUAACCAGCUGGCGGUCACCGUCGGUCUUCUCCUCUCCCAGAUUCUCGGCAUUGAGCAGCUUCUUGGCAACAGCAGUGCAUGGCCAAUCCUUCUGGGACUUGCAAUUGUGCCAGCUAUAAUGCAGAUGGUGCUGCUGCCAGUGUGCCCAGAAUCACCACGCUACUUACUCAUGUCCCGCCAGAUGGAAGAUGAAGCACGCAGAGCCCUGCGAAGACUACGAGCAUCGACCCACGUAGAAGAGGACAUUGAGGAAAUGAGGGCUGAGGAAGCAGCCAGUCAAACAGAGGCUCACAUGACUAUGUUCCAGCUGGUACGCUCAUCAACACUGAGAAUGCCUCUCACCAUUGGUAUUGUGAUGCAACUCUCUCAGCAACUGUCUGGCAUUAAUGCGGUGCUGUACUACUCCACAUCGUUGUUCACUGCUGCGGGUCUGGAAGAAUGGCAGUCAAAAUAUGCAACCCUUGGAGUGGGGUCGGUUAUGGUCAUCAUGACACUAGUAUCAAUUCCACUCAUGGACCGUGCUGGUCGACGGACACUUCACCUCUAUGGUCUUGGUGGAAUGUUUAUCUUCUCAAUCUUCAUCACCAUUAGUCUCCUCAUCAAGGAAAUGAUGUCAUGGAUGACCUUCAUCUCUGUGAUAAGCACUCUAUGCUUUGUCAUCUUCUUCUCUGUUGGUCCUGGAAGUAUUCCUUGGAUGAUUACAGCUGAGCUGUUCUCCCAGGGCCCACGGCCGGCUGCCAUGUCCAUCGCUGUUUUAGUCAACUGGCUUUCUAAUUUCAUCGUUGGCAUUGGUUUUCCAAAAAUGCAGGAAGCAUUUGAAAACUACACGUUUUUGCCGUUUAGCGUUUUAUUAGCGUGCUUCUGGGUGUUUACGUAUUACAAAGUUCCGGAGACAAAGAAUAAGACAUUUGAAGAAAUCUCGGCAAUCUUCCAAAGAGGGGUUGAUAGGGAAUACCUGGAUGACCCCAGACUGUACGGUAACUUCCAUGCUGUCACGAGCAGCAAUCACCUAGGGGAGAAGAGCACAGAAGAGAGUGGUGGCCCUGAACAGAAAGAAGAGGCACAUCUGAGCACAUUGAAUUGUGUUAACACCUUGGGGUCGAAGCCCAUGGAGACAGAGCAUGCGGCACUCAUCCGCGAGCUCUCGGGUCGGGCGCAACAACAGU